AUGGAGCCCGCCGAGGACAGCCUGGGCGCGGCCACCCGGCUUCCGGAGCCACCCGACGCCCCGCAGUGGCGCAUCCCUGGCGGCCUGCGGGGAGCGCUGUCCCCUGGUGUGCUGCGGGAGGCAGCCGCGCUGGUGGCGCUCGCGGGCCCGGUGUUCUUGGCGCAGCUGAUGAUCUUUCUCAUCAGCAUUGUCAGUUCCAUCUUCUGCGGGCACCUGGGCAAAAUCGAGCUGGACGCCGUGACGCUCGCGGUCUCCGUUGUGAAUGUCACUGGGAUUUCAGUGGGAACCGGCUUGGCCUCAGCUUGUGACACGCUGAUGUCUCAGUCCUUUGGAGGCAGGAACCUGAAGCGCGUGGGGGUCAUCCUACAAAGGGGCAUCCUCAUCUUGCUGCUCUGCUGUUUCCCGUGCUGGGCCAUCUUUCUCAACACCGAGCACCUGCUCCUGCUCCUGCAGCAGGACCCGGAAGUCGCCAGGAUAGCCCAGGUUUAUGUGAUGAUUUGCAUCCCUGCUCUUCCUGCAGCGUUCCUGUUCCAGCUGCAGACACGGUAUUUACAGAGUCAGGGCAUCAUCAUGCCCCAAGUUAUUGUUGGGAUCGCAGCAAAUGUUGUCAACGUGGGCAUGAAUGCCUUCUUGCUGUAUGCCCUGGACCUCGGAGUGGUAGGGUCAGCCUGGGCCAACACCACCUCCCAGUUCUUCCUGUCUGCCCUGCUUUUCCUCUACGUGUGGUGGAAGAAGAUCCACGUCCUCACCUGGGGAGGUUGGACAAGGGAGUGCUUUCAGGAGUGGAGCUCCUAUACCCGCCUGGCCAUCCCCAGUAUGUUCAUGGUGUGCAUCGAGUGGUGGACCUUCGAGAUUGGGACCUUCCUCGCAGGCCUUGUUAAUGUGACAGAGCUGGGAGCCCAGGCUGUCAUCUAUGAACUGGCUUCUGUUGCCUACAUGGUGCCCUUUGGCUUCGGUGUGGCUGCCAGUGUCCGAGUGGGCAAUGCCCUGGGGGCAGGGAAUGCUGAGCAGGCCCGAUGUUCCUGUACCACGGUUCUUCUGUGUGCUGGUGUCUGUGCGCUCCUGGUGGGAAUUCUGCUGGCGGCUUUGAAGGACGUGGUUGCCUACAUAUUCACCAAUGACAAGGACAUAAUUUCCCUUGUGAGCCAAGUGAUGCCCAUUUUUGCUCCAUUUCAUCUGUUUGAUGCGCUUGCGGGCACCUGUGGCGGGGUCCUGAGAGGUACCGGGAAACAAAAAAUAGGCGCUAUCCUGAAUGCCAUUGGUUACUACGGGUUUGGUUUUCCUAUCGGAGUGUCUCUGAUGUUUGCUGCUAAACUUGGGAUAAUAGGCCUCUGGUCUGGACUGGUAGUCUGUGUUUUCUCCCAGGCCCUCUCCUAUUUAAUCUACAUCAUGAGGACAGACUGGAAUAGAGUCGCAGAGCAGGCACAAGUUCGAGCUGGGCUAAAGAGCAACAAGGAGACAGUGCCCAUCCCAGCAGAUCUGCCCAUCUUGGAAAGAGAAGUUGUUGAUGGAGUGAUUUUGCCUGAUAUCAUCAGACCGGAGAGCCAGACUGGCCAGCUGGUAGUGGAAGAAAGCAGCCAGCAUGCAGUGCCCACCGUCGGGGAGGUCUUGACGGGGAGACAGCUGAUCAUCUACCGUGGGGUGGCUCUGGCUCUUUCUAUUGCUGUCCUCAUAGUGGGAAUCAUGGUGCGAGUUCUCAGUGACCGUGGCUAA